UGCUGCUCCUGCCCUAUCCUGUCUCCAAUCUGGUGCUGGAUGUGGUGCUGCUCUUCCUCUACCUUGGCACUGAGGCCACGCGGAUCUUCUUUGGCUCCAAGGGGAACCUGUGCCAGCGGAGGGUGCCACUAUCCAUCAGCCUGGCCCUCACAGUGCCAGCAGCUGUGCUGGCAGCCUAUUACCUGCUGCUCCAGACCUAUUCCCUGCGCCUGGAAGCAUUCCUCAGCGCCAUCCUGCUCCUCUUCUAUGGCCUGGAGCUGCUCCUGGGGGUCCUGGCGCUGCUCUCCUUCUCCAGGUGCUGCAUCCCAGGGGAUGGGUGA